AUGACACCUCGGGGCUCCGAAGAGGCGGGCAGCCGGCUUUUCCCCAUCCCUGAGGCGCCUCUUUUAAGGGACACCCUGGAAAAAAGAGGUGCUCUUGGACAAAUAAAAGCAAGGAUCAGAGCUGAAGUUUUUAAUGCACUGGAUGACCAAAGUGAACCACGGCCACCACUGUCUCAUGAAAAUCUCUUGAUCAACGAACUAAUUCGCGAAUACCUGGAAUAUAACAAAUAUAAAUACACAGCAUCUGUUUUAAUUUCAGAAUCUGGCCAGCCUGAAGUGCCCUUGGAUAGACAGUUUCUUGCCAAAGAGCUGAACAUUGUCGAAGAUGCAACUGGGAAAUCAGUACCUCUCUUGUAUGGAAUUCUCUCUCAUUUCUUACAUGGUGGUAAAGAAGAAAGUACCCACAAUGCCGUUCCAAAAGUGUCUUUGCUGAAUUAUCCAAAGCAAAACUUUGGCAAACUACCUACUGAGAGAAAUCAAAAAGACAGAAUUCCAGAACCAGGAAGGAUGGCUGGCACGAGCAUCGGAGAGCCCCUUGUUCUACAAAGUUUUGGGCGCGGGCUGUCCCUCCUGCUGCACAGCUCAACACAGGUGGUAACCCACCAGUACCAACUCCGUUACAACCACAUAGGUCGGCACAGAGAAAGCCGGUUGGGAAACUCAGGUUACGCUGUGGUAAGGCAGAUGAACGUGCCUUUCAUUCCUUCUUGA